AUGGGAGCAGGUGCUUCAGCUGCAGAUGGCCGUGUUUUCUGUCAUGGCUGCGGGUCUCGGACGGCCAUGGUUGAAGGGGUGGAGCGCCCCCGUUGCACAGUCUGCGGUGCAACGGAGUGCGUGGAGGUCACGGAUGCUAGGCUCCCAGUUACAUCACCCACUUCGGCCAUGCGAGCUUUGUCGUUGGGUGCUUCCAUGCCAUCAAGUUCCGUGGUGCCAGCCACCUCCUUGCGAGUGGAGUCAGUCACGGUUGUUGCGCUAGAACGCCCGGAGGAUGGCGGCCUCCUGCUUCGUGUAUUGCCAAAUGUCGUAGCGCGGCAGCGGGUUGUUUCUGGGGAGAGUGAACCAGGGAGCCUUUCUGCCUCGUUGAGUUUCGGUGUCGAGGAUAUGGACCAGGAUGGGGAGCUUCCAGCAGAGCCUGCCUGUGACGCCUUCGUCUCCAGGCUCAAGGCCUCCCCUCAUCAGACGGUUUGCGGAGGGCAUUGCGUUUGUGUCAUCUGCGCAGAAGACAUUGUGGAGAAUGGCACUCCCGUCGUAACGCUGAACUGCCAGCACGUGUUCCAUGAGGACUGCAUUCGACGCUGGCUGACGCGACGGCAUACUUGCCCGACCUGCAGGUUGGAGCUGGAGGUAGAUGAUGUUAGGUAUUUACGCAGCAUUGGCCUUAAGGAAGAGGCCGAUGCUCUGGAGAAGGUUAAGCAGGAACGCAUUGCCCAAGAGCAGCAGCAGCAGGCAGCAGAGCGACGCAGAUGGGUGGAGUCUAUGCGUCGCGGUGAGCCUGUUCACUUCGGAUUGGUAUGUGGUUCGUGUGCUGUCUCGCCGGUGGUGGGUGAUUGCUACCGCUGCAAGGACUGUGAGGACUUUGUCUUGUGUGGAGAAUGCUACAAGCAGCGUGAGGACUGGCAUUCUCCCAGUCACAACUUUGUGCCCUUCGGCGUCAUGCCAAGCCAGGGCACCUCGACAGGCCCCUCGGCCAAUUCGACUAUGGGAAGCCUCCUGACGGUCUUGGUGCCUCCGACGGCAGCACGGGCACCAGUGGAGGCUCCGCCUGAGUCGCAGACCGACUCUGCGACAGCAGCUGCCGAGGUGGCUUUCGCAGCGGUCAGAUCUUUGGCGCUGGCCCCGCUAGCAGGCCGAGCCUUCCACCCGACUUCACCAGUCUCAGGCUUCAAUGGCAGAGGAACCAGCGCCAGCCUUCAAUCAGGCAGAACCCCGCGGCGGUGA